AUGUGGUCCGUGACGUCGUACAUUACCCGCUUUGCUCAUCCCGUCACGAAAGACGUCGGCGACUACUGGCAGAUCCUCAUGAGUGUCGCGAGCCCGUCCGCCAUUUUCACCACCGCCGCCUGCGACGGCAAACACUGCUUCCGCGACUCGUUCCUCAUGCUCGCGGUUGCCUCCGCAGUCCUCCUGGCCGCCUCGCUCGCCCUCACCCUCAUCAACACCGUGUUCCAGGAGCGUGACGACGGCAAGCGGCAAGCUCACUCGUAA